AUGGGCUCUGUGCGAGUGCUGCCACUGCACUGCAGGAAGCUGAUCAGACAACCGAGGAAGAACCCCAGCUCCAUCUCGCAGGACUCGUGGGAUAAGGCUUACCCGCCUGGCGAGGGCUUCCAGACAGCCAAGGACAACCCCAGGUACUCCAGCUACCAGGGCUCUAGGAACGGCUACCCGGGUGGCGGCGGCGUCAACGCCAGGGUCCUGCUGGAGGCCCAGGAGCUUCUGAGGCAGGAGCAGAGGCGCCGAGAGCAAGAAGCCAAAGGGAAGAUGGUGCAGGAGAACGCCGGCAACAGCAGCUACGAGGGGUACUCGUCGGCGCACCUGAAGGACCCGGCGUCUCCCAAGGGUCCGUAUCGCCAAGACGUGCCGCCUUCGCCCUCGCAGCUCGCGAGGCUUAACAGGCUGGGAUCGGAGAAAGGGAGGCUGUUCUAUUCUUGAGGAGUAUGAAUGAAGAGUUGAAGGCUGGAGAACAGAAGACUGUGAGGGACUGAGUUUGGGGUCUGGAUUUAAGACGGUAUCUGUGGGAUUACCCCGAGGAAAGGGCAAAAGCUACAAAUGUGGACAAAGGACAACCUAGAGGUCUUAUAGCUUAGCAAUGAUCUUAGAGGUGAACAAUUGUGAAGUGUACUCGGUAUGUGGGUGUUUGUGUUCAAUCCCUAGCUGUGCCGAUGACCUAUACCGGUAGUCAGUCAGUCACCCUCCUACAGACAUGAGACGCUCAGUGCCUUCUCUGCAUUCACGGACACGCUGCUUGUUCACAGUCGUCCAGGACUCUGAUUCAUCGAGAUCUGGCACCCUCGUGUUCUGACAAUCAAACGGGCAGACGGGCAAGCAAGUGGGUGUCCUUUUGCGCCCGUGGGGAGGCGCAAGUUUCUGUGUGGGGAGUGUUUGUGUAUGUGUGCGAGUGUGUGGGCGCGUGACAAGGUACAUGUGUAUGAGUACAUUAUCAUCACAUACUGUUUCACUGCCACAUUGACCUAUCAAGUAUGGGUAUCGGGGGGCUUGCCGCCAUCUCCAGUGGGUGAUUGUCCUCAGCACACCCACCCUUACCCUCCCUCUUUCUUCACUUUGCUAAGGUUAGUAUUCCUCCCAACAACGCAAACCAUCGCCGUCAGGCUUUCUCGGUAUUCUGUUUGUCUACUUUCAGUGUUUUUGCUCCACGACCAAGCUCUCUCACUUGAGCGUUCCCUGGGGAGCAAAGAAAACAAGGCAAAGUGUAUGGAAAAAAAAAAGCAGGGCACAGUGUGUGUUAUUAAUAAAAAGCCCCCCCCCCUCAUAAAUGAUUCAUGCCGCGUGUCAUCUCCACGGAGGAGACCCAGGCAGAUAGGGGAGACAGCUCUGAUCCACUGCCUGGCCCCCCUGCACCACUCUGGGCUUGACUCGCUGGCCCGCCUGCCUGUCUGUCUGGAGCUCUGGCUUCCAUCCUCCUCCUCCUCCCGUUCUCCUCGCCUCUCUUCUUCUCUCUGUUCAUUACCGUCCUUUCUUUUCCCUAAACCGCCCACCCCAGCACCACCACCUUUACCCUCUUCGCCUCUUCCCUCCCACUGCUGCCCCCCUCCCCUCCUUGCUCGCCUUCCACCUUCUUCUCCUCUCAUCCCACCCCUCCUCCUCGUCCUCCUCCUCCCCCUCUGCUCCUCUCUCCCCAGUCAGGCUCUGCACUGAAUUUUUCAUCACAAGCCACCUGCUGCCUGCCAGAGCCAAAGAACACAGCCACCAGAGGCACCAACAGAGGGCCCGGCUUCUGACAUAAAGAGAAGAAGUGAAAGAAAAAGAGAGAGAAUAAAGAUUGGCAGGGAGACAAUGAGCCUCCCAGUGUGAGAUUAGCACCAGCUAUUCUCCCUUUUGUAACAAAAGACAAAAUUGUCCUCAGGAGUUAAUUGCUUUCAAUUGUCAUAAUUGCAUUUGCUGUACUUAACCAUUUUAAACGUUUAGCUGGCACUCUUGUCGAGAGUGAUUUAAGUGUGCAGGUACGGGUGGCUCGGUGUCACUUGCUCAAGGACACCUCAACAGGGCUCAUGGCCUGUCAGUGGAUUAACUGGGUGCUAAGGGAGAUUGAAUUGUUAAGUAUUUGGUCAGUCUCUCCAGACAGACUAGCCCAGUGGUUUUCAAUUGCGCCAUGACCCAAGGCUGAGCAGGUUUUCAUUUCAAUCAAACGACAGCAGCUGAUCUCACUGAUUUGCACACCUUAAAGCACAGAGAACGAACUAAUCAGUGAAAUCAGAUGCUGCGGUGUUUGGUUAGAAUGAAAGCCUGCACUCUCUUGAGCCUUGAUGGUGCAUGAUUGAAAAUCACUGCCAUAGCCAACCAGCCACCCACCAUAAUUGCGGCGGUUGGUAGCAACCUAUCAUCUUGGACUGAACCGAUCCUGUGACAGCGCCCAUGUUUGUGACUAAAGCUGCCGGCGAGCGAACAAAUGAGAGCGAGCUGAGGCUGAAAUGAACACAAAAGGGAAUAUUUUAAAAAGCUGGCCAUCAUCAAGCGAUGGAAAACAAAAUGGCGGUGCAUAAUUACCCCCCCAUUCCAACGAGCUCUCUAUAUGCAGAGGAGAACCGUAUGACAUACAUUAUUUUCUCUUGUUUAAUGAAGGCGCUCGCUGGGACAAAUCCAGGCAUAGCGGAGGUAAUGAAUGAUAACAUAGAGAGAAGAUGAAGAGGGCAGAAAAAGGAUUUUACAAUGGCCUUUUUGCAGCGCAUAAAUCUGUGUUUGAACCGAGGGAGAGGUAUUUUAAGUACACAACAAUACUGUAGUCGCAGCAAAUGAAAUUUUCCAGAGUGCAUAAUGUAUUUAUGAGGGUGUAACAACCCAAUGGAAGUACAAACCUUACAUUAUCUGUGCUGUUACACUCACAAUGCAAUAAGGCCAUUGUAAACACAUAAGAUCCAAAUUGUGCAGGUGAGGGUAAAAACACGUCACCUCAAAAUGGUUUGAAGAGAGAAAGUGCUUGGUUGUAGCAGCCAGCACUGCCUGCUGUGAAUAUUAGUGUGUUUUGAUAUGCAGACUAGCAUACUUAGAAGGAUUUUUUUUUUUUUUUUUUUUUUCAAACCCGUGCUCUAAACAGUACCCCAAUGUUGAUAUUUGGAUGUUGCAGUUCAACUGUCCAGCUAUGAUGUUCAAUAUUGAUAAGUGCCUGAGAUAAAAUAAAAUAAUAAUAAUAAAAAAAAAAUAUCAUAUUUUACAUGAGGAGGGACACGAUUUGUUUGUCGGUGACGUAAUUCCACACAAAAGGAUGUGUGUUUUUAACAUUUUUAAUAUCAUUAAAAAGUGUCAUUUGUUUGGGGUACUUUUUCCUUGACAUCUUAUUUUGUUUUUGUUUGUUUUUGUUUUUUUUUUAAUUUACCACAAGAGCCAACACUCAACAGCGAUUAUCAGUGUAUUUGUAUCCCGUUUGACAUUGCCUUCAACCAUGCUGUACCAUGAUGUGUUUUAAAGUCUUUAAAAAAAAAAAAAAGAAAGCUAUUGUAAGCACAUGUGCAAUUUUUUUUUUUUCCAGAAAACUUUUACAUGAUAUAUUAAGAAAUGUAUACAGCCACUUUUCCUGUACAUAUCAAAUUUAGAAUAAAACGGAAGGCUGUUCCAUCCUGUUUACAA